GAGAGACACAGAGAGAGAGAGAGAGGAUGGUCAGUGUGGCGGCUUGCAACACUGUCUAGAGCCUAGCCUUCUUUAAAAAAAAAUCUUAAUUAAAUUUGUGGACUCUGCAGCCAAAGGGAGGAGAGAAAGCCCUGUCCCUUCCCCCUUGCCUCAGCCACGGGAAGCACCCACACGGACUGAGCACAGGGCCACAAGUCAAUAGUGCUCGGUGGGAAAGAACUGACAAAAGACUGGAGUGAGUGCUUAGAGUAGCUCCACUGACUUCUGAGGGGUGGAAAGGAGGCUGUUUUGGAUUUCUAUCUCAUCUGUGCUCUCUAAUUUUGGAGGGUCUGAAUCAGAGACUGGUCUCGCCACAACGACCGAUGAUAUUGCUACAGCCUAGCCCUCUGCAACAACAAACAAGGAAGAGAGGGCACUUCCUUGAGCUAAAGAUCCUUUUGAAGAGAGCCAGAGAGACUGGUUGAUGUAGUUAAACAGAGGGGGUAGAUGUAACCACAGCUGAGACGUGAUAGUGGCUUUCUGUGUGCCUUGAUGACAUUGCCACACAGUGAGCUGUGAAACAGCAAGUUGUUUUGCUAAUGGUGACCUGGAAGAGCUCUUUGUCAACCAGAACGUUGUUGGUGCUCUGGGGAUGGCUGGUAAACCCGUCUCUUGCCUCGCUCUGUCUGUACCCUCACUCCCGCCGUGGCUGUAAGAGUGAUCUAGCAAAAACAAGACAUUGACAUUUUAUAUGAGUGUACUUCCCAAGGUAAGCAUACAAGGCUUUUGCAUUAUUUCUCUCUGAUGCCAGGAUAUAAGUUAUAUAUUCCAGAAUGGCAGCAGGACUAGGUCUCGACAUGAACACUAUCAGAAAGGCAAACGGCAUGACUGUUUUAUGAGGGGUGGCCACUGCUUCCGUCUCCAGGCAUGUGCUAAGGACUAGCAAGGUUCUUUUUCAGCCAUUAUUCUUGCCAAAGAGAGAAGGGAGUGAGAGAGAAUUUCCCUCUCUAAUCAUGUGCAAAGUGCUAGUGAAUGCGUAACUCAUUCAUAGACGCCAACUACCUUCAGCGACUAUUGAAGAUAGUAUCUUCUGUCCCCUGGGAGUUUUUUAAAAAGAGCUUCAACGCCCGUUCUGAACGUUAAAACGCAUCGCUUGCGGUAAGGUUUUGGAAACAUAAGGACUGGCGUGCUCAGAACACCUGUGUGUAAGCGUUAACUGGGGAGGAAGUAUAUUUCGUCAACUGGAGGCGCGCACAGCAUAUGGACGUGUGAGAAACUGCUACUGUUAAGUGUAUCUUUUUUUAUUUGAAAGAUUCUUUCUUGCUGAUAUGAAAGAUAAGGGGCAUAUCACAUGUUUCGAAAAACCGCUUCGCAAGUGAUGAUUAUUGACGUUUCUAAACGUUAAAACACAGUUUCUGAAUUGCAGUUCACACGCAGCCAACCGUGGGCGAAGCUAACCAGUAAAAAACCCUACGGAUAAUAAGGGUUUUCGAGAGCUAGUGAAUGGGGUGUGUUUCGGUCCGUUGUUGAAAGUGGCUGAAGCGGUAACAAUUUGACCUCUAUAAUAUAAGACAGCCGUCGGAGGACAUGGGCCAAAGGAAAAAGAGUGAAUAACUGGUAAAGGAGAAAGAAAAACAGGGGCCAUUGGAAGCCACAGGCAUGCAAAACAAAAGUUUCUAAAGUGAAAGGCUUAACUAUUUCCGGAUCAUAUUGUAAGGGGAGGAGACAAAACAGCUCUAUUGUUUUUUGGUGGGAGGACAAACAUUCUACACCAUUUAUACUGUUCUAUAAAUUAAAAGAGGGUGUGGGUAUUUUUCAGGCAGACUAUUUUAGUUUCCAACACACUUUAAGGACCAAACAAAUGAUUAAAUGAGAAGACAGAGAACCUUCAAAUAUUAAACUCUGAACAGCGGAGCACAAAAGAAAGUCAGAAAGUUUAGACGGCAGCUACCGAAAGCUUUGGCUGUCUCCCAUUCCUUCUGUGGUCUGCUAAUCAAACAAUGGCCAUGGUGAGUGGGGGCUGGGGAGACCCCAACGGGGGCACCAACGGGCUGGGGGACAAGAGCUAUCUGAGGGGAGAGGAGGAGGACGGUUCGCCCCAGGCAGGGGGCAGUGACAUGGAGGCUGGGGACGAGGACAAGGCAUGUGUGGUGGACUGUGUGGUGUGUGGGGACAAGUCCAGUGGGAAGCACUACGGUGUGUUCACCUGCGAGGGCUGCAAGAGCUUCUUCAAGAGAAGCAUCCGGCGCAACCUCAACUAUACCUGCAGGUCAAAUCGAGAGUGCCAGAUCGACCAACAUCAUCGUAACCAGUGCCAGUACUGUCGCCUGGAGAAGUGCUUUCGUGUAGGAAUGCGCAAAGAAGCAGUUCAGCGCGGACGUAUCCCCCCCUCACACUCCAGCCUCAGCCCCACGGGCACCCCAGUAGGUGGCGGUAGUGGCGUAGGAGGGGCUGAUUUCUACAACAACAAUGGUGGGCAGCCCGUGUCAGAGCUAAUCUCCCAGCUGCUGCGUGCCGAGCCCUACCCCAGCAGCCGCUACGGCCACCAGUACAACCAACAGGGCCAGGCCACCGGCGCAGGCGGGGCUGUCAUGGGCAUCGACAACAUCUGCGAGCUGGCAGCUAGGCUGCUCUUCAGCACCAUUGAGUGGGCCAGGAACAUCCCCUACUUCCCAGAGCUGCCUGUGUCAGAGCAGGUAGCUCUCCUCAGGUUGAGCUGGAGCGAGUUGUUCAUCCUGAACGCAGCCCAGUCCGCCCUGCCCCUCCACAUGGCCCCACUGCUGGCCGCUGCGGGUUUCCACUCCUCACCCAUGUCGGCCGAGCGGGUGGUAUCCUUCAUGGACCAGGUGAGGGUGUUCCAGAACCAGGUGGAAAAGCUGAGCCGGCUCCAGGUGGACUCUGCCGAGUACAGCUGUCUUAAGGCCAUCGUCCUCUUCUCGCCAGAUGCGUGUGGCCUGACAGACCCAGCCCAUGUGGAGUCUCUGCAGGAGAAGGCCCAGGUGGCUCUGACAGAGUACGAGCGGAUGCAGUACCCAGGUCAGCCCCAGCGCUUCGGCCGCCUGCUCCUCCGCCUGCCCGCGCUCCGCGCGGUGCCCGCCAGCCUCAUCUCCCAGCUCUUCUUCAUGCGUCUGGUGGGCAAGACGCCCAUCGAGACUCUCAUCCGCGACAUGCAGCUCUCCGGAAGCUCUAUCAGCUGGCCCUACGUCCCUGGACAGUAACCCCGAAAUGAAGUCUCCGUCUGGGCAGUGACGAGAAGGACCACAGGUUCCUCUGACUCAUCCAUCUGUGUGAUCAAAUGCUAGCACCAGCUGGACAUCAUACAAGUUUGCCUGCCUCCAUGAACUGAGCUCUCCAUACCAGCCUAUCGCAAGCUCGGUCUAUUGCCAGCACACUGGUGCCAACGCACCUACUGUGCGCCAUUAUGGCAACCUGAGUCAGCUAUGCCAUCCGCAUGCCAUAGUGACUUACAUACACACAUUAAUGUCCUGCCAAUAGAGGUCACUGGAACCAUGCCUCAUUUUCCACAUCUCAUUGCCUUUGGUGCAAAGACUUUCAACAUCAAACCAAGACGGAGAAUUAUGGUAGAAAAGCUUUAUAUAUGCAAACACAGAAGUGAUAGAGGAAAUGGAACUGGGACAAGACAUUUCACCCGAAUCUUCAUCGUCCACUGAAAUUUCACUCAAAACGUAAUUGUCCUUAAAGCUAGAAUCCUUACUUGCUACAUCCAUUUUUGGACUUAUAAAUGAAUGAUAUAUACCCAUUUAUUAUUGAAGAAUAUAACGUAUAAAUAACUUAUAGUCUCAAACCAUCGUUUAAACUACAUUGUUAAAUGUACCUACAGUAUCUCCAAGCGCAUUCCGCAGCUUUUUACCAAAACAGAGGCGGGGUGCCUGCUUUGUUAUCGUUUCAAUUAAGGAUUCUAGCUUUAAAGAGGUUAUAGAUAUGACAUUUGAACUACUUCCUCAGCCAGGCAGAUAAAGUGGAGAGACUUACAGAGGGACUCAAUGAAGGUUUCCAUGUACCACUCAUAGGGCUCUUACGUGUUGUACUGGGCAACUUUUCAAACUCCACAGUCACACAAAUAUUGAUCGAUACCUCACAAGAGAGCAGAAUGCUAUGGACGGAUUUCUUCUAAAGGCAACCUCUCUGUCAUUGUACAGUUGUUCACCACAGACUGCCUUCUUUUCAACAACUGCCUUUUCAAUAUGAAUUCGGACACUGCAGUAUGAGUAGAUCAUUCAACUGGACAUAUUCUUUAAGAUUAACACAGUUUUUUUUAAAUACGGACUGAUAUUUAAACUACACCUGAAGAUGAUGAAUGCAGCUGAUGUGAGUGACAGGCUGAUUGUUGAAACAAGGCUGUUCUCAAGUGACAAAAAAAAGUAUUUAAUCAAAAAGGUUGUGGCCAAAUGGUUUCACUGUGACAUAUCACCAUGCUGAAAGGUUGUGGCCAAACGGUUCACCUCUGACCUGCUGGUAGUUGGUACUUUCAAAAUGCAGAGAAAUCGCAUCAAAACUCAUUUUAAGUGUUAAGAAGUGUAUAUACUGUAGAUGUAGGGAACCAAAGGUUGUCCUGCUGCAUGUCACAAUUUAGUUAUUGAUCUGUGUUUCAUCUCUACGAAAUGGGAUUAGAAGGUAAAGUUAUUUUUUUAAAUGUUGAGUUCACGGUUUGUUUUUUAAAACAUGAACAUUUUAAUGUGAAAAUACCUCUACCAUUCCUCGAGAUGUGUCAAAAAGAUGCGAUUCUCCAUCGCGGUGAAAAUGACACUACACUGGUGCAGAACAAGAGGCUACCCCUGAGCCAAUUGUGUUGCCACCACAAAGUCAUGCAUUCCACUAGCUCAAUGCAGAACACUUAGGCAAUAUGGGAGUUUGUUGUCAUGGCUGUUUGGUGAUGUGACUGCUGCAGCCAAAAUGACAAGGUGAGUGUGUGGAUCGUUUCUUUCCUUAGUUGUGUUACCGCCAUAAGAAUGUCAGUUAGAUGUGGGCAAUAUGUUUUGUACUCACAAGCCAAUAAGAGAUGGAAUUAGUGAUUUGUAUAUACACUAGAUGAGUUGUGGGGUGAUGUGUUGAAGCCACUGUGCCUCCAUCUUGGCACUCCCCCACCUUGUAAAAAAUAUUUUGGAAGCAAUAGAAAUGCAUUUAUUAAUGUCUACGUUCGUUUUUGCCCCAUUGAUUCCAUUUCUGACACCUUAAUUCAUGCUUUUAAAUUAUAUUAUGUGAGGUAAGCAAAAAUAAAAAAUGGAAAAAAAUAUA